GUUGAGGGAAAUUUUCCUUCUGCAUCGCCGUGACGAGGGGUAAAUUCAUUCGGCGGUUUCAACUCACACCAGUCGUAGGUGAACACGUCGAGGGCUCAUCGUAUUGAUAGAUUCGUAACCAAACAAAAAGCUGUUAUUUUCUUAAAAAGAGAAGUAGCGAUAAUUCGUCAUCAUGGCAGAGUCAAAAGGGAAUGAAGACUUGGCGACAGCAAUUUUGAAGAACAAAGUAAAACCAAAUAGGCUCCUGGUUGAAGAGGCUGUGAAUGAUGACAACUCUGUUGUUGCUAUGUCUCAGGAGAAAAUGGAUGAGCUUCAGCUCUUUAAAGGUGACACAGUACUACUUAAAGGAAAGAAAAGGAAAGAAACUGUGUGCAUUGUUUUGUCUGAUGACACAGUCUCUAAUGAAAAGAUCAGAAUGAACCGUGUUGUCAGAAACAAUCUUAGAGUCAGAUUGGGUGAUGUAGUGUCUGUGUCCCCAUGCCCUGAUGUGAAAUAUGGUAAAAGGAUCCAUGUUCUGCCAAUUGAUGAUACAGUGGAAGGACUCACAGGAAGUCUCUUUGAUGUGUAUCUAAAACCAUACUUCUUGGAAGCCUAUCGCCCAAUCCACAAAGGAGACAUAUUCAUCGUUCGCGGAGGGAUGCGUGCUGUAGAGUUUAAAGUGGUUGAAACCGAUCCUGUUCCCUACUGCAUUGUUGCUCCGGACACGGUCAUUCAUUGCGAGGGUGAACCAAUCAAACGAGAGGAAGAAGAAGAGGCUUUAAAUGCCGUGGGUUAUGACGAUAUCAGAGGUGUUCGUAAGCAGUUGGCGUUGAUCAAGGAGAUGGUAGAAUUGCCGUUGCGUCAUCCUCAGCUUUUUAAAGCUAUUGGUGUAAAACCACCCCGUGGUAUUCUGCUUUUCGGACCACCCGGUACUGGCAAAACCCUGAUCGCGCGUGCUGUGGCCAAUGAAACUGGCGCAUUCUUUUACUUGAUCAAUGGUCCUGAGAUUAUGAGUAAGUUGGCCGGUGAAUCAGAAAGUAAUUUGCGCAAAGCUUUCGAAGAAGCCGAGAAAAACUCCCCAGCGAUUAUCUUUAUCGACGAAUUGGAUGCCAUCGCACCCAAGCGUGAAAAGACCCACGGUGAAGUUGAGCGCCGUAUCGUCUCACAACUGUUGACACUUAUGGAUGGUUUGAAGCAGCGAUCUCACGUAAUUGUCAUGGCGGCUACUAAUCGUCCGAAUUCAAUUGAUGCUGCGCUUCGUCGGUUUGGUCGAUUUGAUCGUGAGGUUGACAUUGGCAUUCCGGAUGCGACUGGACGGCUUGAAGUUUUACGCAUUCACACCAAGAACAUGAAACUAGCUGAUGAUGUGGAUUUGGAACAAGUUGCCGCAGAGACCCACGGCCAUGUUGGUGCUGAUAUUGCCGCCCUUUGCUCAGAAGCCGCUCUCCAACAGAUCCGUGAAAAAAUGGAUCUGAUUGACUUGGAAGAAGAUCAAAUUGACGCCGAAGUCCUUAAUUCUCUUGCCGUCACGAUGGAGAACUUCCGGUUCGCUAUGGGCAAAUCAACACCGAGUGCCUUGCGUGAAACCAUUGUAGAAGUCCCCAAUGUUUCGUGGGAAGAUAUUGGUGGACUUGAGGGAGUUAAACGGGAGCUUCAAGAAUUGGUACAGUAUCCAGUCGAACAUCCAGAGAAAUUCCUUAAGUUUGGUAUGACCCCGUCUCGUGGUGUUCUCUUCUACGGCCCACCUGGUUGUGGUAAAACUUUGCUGGCUAAGGCUAUUGCAAACGAAUGCCAGGCCAACUUCAUUUCAAUUAAAGGCCCUGAGUUAUUGACAAUGUGGUUCGGUGAGUCUGAAGCAAAUGUUCGAGAUGUUUUCGAUAAGGCACGUGCUGCUGCUCCCUGUGUCCUCUUCUUCGACGAACUCGAUUCGAUCGCCAAAGCCCGUGGUGGAAGUUCCGGUGACGCCGGAGGAGCUGCAGAUCGCGUUAUUAACCAGGUGUUGACAGAAAUGGAUGGUAUGGGAGCUAAGAAGAACGUGUUUAUUAUUGGAGCCACGAAUCGUCCAGAUAUCAUUGAUCCCGCCGUUCUGCGUCCUGGCCGUUUGGACCAACUGAUUUACAUCCCUCUACCCGACGAGAAAUCAAGAGAGGCUAUUUUGAAGUCAAAUCUACGAAAAUCUCCUCUUGCUCCGGAUGUGGAUUUGGUUUACCUGGCAAAAGUGACACAUGGUUUUUCUGGUGCUGAUUUGACUGAGAUUUGUCAACGUGCGUGCAAGUUGGCCAUUCGCCAGUCGAUUGAAGCUGAAAUUAGGAGAGAAAAAGAGCGUGCUGCCAACCCGGACAUGGAUAUGGAAAUGGAAGAAGAAGACCCAGUUCCGCAAAUUCUUCGUUCGCACUUUGAAGACGCAAUGAAAUUUGCUCGUCGUUCUGUUUCAGACAACGAUAUCCGCAAAUAUGAGAUGUUCUCCCAAACUUUGCAGCAAUCACGGGGCUUUGGUACCAAUUUCAGGUUCCCGAAUGCUCCGGCUGCGGGUGGCAGUCAACCCAGUGGAGGAACUGGUGGAAAUUUCCAGGAUGACGCCGAUGAUGAUCUUUAUAGUUAAGAAAAAGCUUUAGGCUUGGUUGACCAGAAACAGCGGGUGAGCGGGAAAACAGAGCCUGUUGGAUGUUAACGUCUACGCAAAUCUUUGCCCCACCUUGUUUUUCCGUACGUUUAACUUCUUCGUUCAGUCGAUUAUUUGAAAAUCGAAUAAAUUUGUUUUGAUCGAG